AUGGAUGCUGGCAGUGUGGACAUGUCAAAGAGAAGCUGUAAUGAGACGAUACCUGGGGAAGGACAAGAGCAACAGGCAGAUUCAUCCAAAGGGCGGUGCCUGAGGAGAACUGUCAGUGUCCCUUCAGAGGGUCAGUUUCCUGAAUACCCACCAGAGGGCGCCACUAAACUGGAGGUGCCAGCAGAAAGGUCUCCCCGUAGACGGAGUAUCUCAGGGACCAGUACAUCAGAUAAACCCAAUUCCAUGGACACUGCAAAUACCUCACCCUUCAAAGUACCAGGAUUCUUCAGCAAGCGCCUGAAAGGCUCCAUCAAGAGGACCAAAAGCCAGUCAAAGCUUGACAGAAACACAAGUUUUCGGCUCCCAUCUCUGCGUAAUACAGAUGACAGGGCUCGUGGGCUGCCUAAACUGAAAGAGUCACGUUCUCAUGAAUCCUUGUUGAGCCCCUGCAGCGCAGUAGAAUGUCUGGAUCUUGGUCGAGGGGAGCCUGUAGCAGUAAAACCACUUCAUAGCAGCAUCCUUGGGCAAGACUUCUGCUUUGAGGUCACCUACUUAAGUGGAAGUAAAUGCUUCAGUUGUAACUCUGCUUCAGAGAGAGAUAAGUGGAUGGAAAACCUUCGAAGGACAGUUCAGCCAAAUAAGGACAACUGCAGAAGAGCUGAAAAUGUUCUCCGUUUAUGGAUCAUUGAAGCCAAGGAUCUUGCCCCUAAAAAGAAAUAUUUCUGUGAACUGUGCCUUGAUGAUACUCUCUUUGCUCGUACAACCAGCAAGACCAAAGCAGACAAUAUUUUCUGGGGAGAACACUUUGAAUUCUACAGCCUUCCACCUCUUCAUAGCAUCACAGUUCACAUUUAUAAGGAUGUGGAAAAAAAGAAAAAAAAGGACAAGAAUAAUUAUGUAGGGCUAGUCAACAUCCCCACUGCCAGCGUGACUGGUCGCCAAUUUGUAGAAAAGUGGUAUCCAGUGAGUACACCUACACCCAACAAAGGAAAGACUGGGGGACCUUCUAUUCGGAUUAAGUCACGUUUCCAAACUAUCACCAUUCUGCCUAUGGAGCAAUACAAAGAAUUUGCAGAAUUUGUCACCAGCAACUAUACCAUGCUGUGUUCUGUCCUAGAGCCAGUAAUUAGUGUGAGAAAUAAAGAGGAGUUGGCUUGUGCCUUAGUGCACAUUCUUCAAAGUACUGGCAGAGCCAAGGAUUUUCUGACCGACUUGGUGAUGUCUGAGGUGGAUCGUUGUGGAGAGCACGAUGUUUUGAUCUUCAGAGAGAACACCAUUGCCACCAAAUCCAUUGAGGAAUACCUCAAAUUAGUGGGACAACAGUAUCUUCAUGAUGCACUGGGGGAGUUCAUCAAAGCUUUGUAUGAAUCGGAUGAGAACUGUGAAGUGGACCCUAGCAAAUGUUCAUCUAGUGAACUGAUAGACCAUCAAAGCAACCUAAAAAUGUGCUGUGAACUGGCUUUCUGCAAGAUCAUCAACUCGUACUGUGUUUUCCCUCGUGAAUUGAAAGAAGUGUUUGCAUCAUGGAAACAGCAGUGCCUGAACCGCGCCAAGCAAGACAUCAGUGAGCGGCUCAUUAGUGCCUCAUUGUUUCUCCGUUUUCUUUGCCCAGCCAUUAUGUCUCCCAGUCUCUUCAACCUUAUGCAAGAGUAUCCUGAUGACCGUACAUCUCGGACUCUAACUCUUAUUGCCAAGGUCAUUCAGAACCUGGCCAACUUUGCCAAGUUUGGUAACAAAGAGGAAUACAUGGCAUUCAUGAAUGAUUUUUUAGAACAUGAAUGGGGUGGAAUGAAGCGCUUUCUCUUGGAGAUUUCUAAUCCAGACACCAUCUCAAACACCCCAGGCUUUGAUGGUUACAUUGAUCUGGGCCGAGAGCUUUCAGUUUUGCAUUCCUUACUGUGGGAAGUAGUUUCCCAACUUGAUAAGGCAACCGUGGCAAAACUGGGUCCUCUUCCUCGUGUUCUUGCUGAUAUUACCAAGUCCCUGACUAAUCCUACGCCAAUACAACAGCAACUGAGACGCUUCGCUGAGCAUAACUCUAGUCCAAACGUUAGUGGAAGCCUCUCCUCUGGGCUGCAGAAAAUAUUUGAAGACCCCACUGACAGUGACUUGCAUAAACUAAAAUCUCCAAGCCAGGAAAAUACAGACAGCUAUUUCAGAGGCAAAACAUUACUUCUUGUUCAGCAGGCCUCCUCCCAGAGUAUGACUUAUUCUGAAAAGGAUGAAAAGGAAAGCAGCCUUCCUAAUGGUCGGAGCAUCUCCCUCAUGGACCUCCAGGACACUCAUGCUGCUCAGGUGGAGCAUGCAUCUAUCAUGCUUGAUGUGCCUAUGCGCCUGACAGGAAGUCAGCUUUCCAUAACCCAGGUGGCCAGCAUCAAACAACUGCGGGAAACUCAGAGCACUCCCCAGAGUGCCCCCCAAGUAAGAAGGCCCCUGCACCCAGCCUUGAACCAACCAGGAAGUCUCCAGCCCUUGUCAUUCCAGAACCCUGUCUAUCACCUCAAUAACCCAAUUCCAGCAAUGCCAAAGGCCUCUGUAGAUUCCAGUUUGGAGAACCUAAGCACUGCCAGUUCUAGAAGCCAAAGUAACAGUGAAGACUUCAAACUCAGUGGACCCAGCAAUAGCAGCAUGGAAGAUUUUACCAAACGUAGCACUCAGAGUGAAGAUUUCUCCCGGCGGCACACAAUGCCAGACAGACACAUACCUCUUGCUCUGCCACGUCAAAACAGUACUGGGCAGGCCCAAAUCCGAAAAAUGGACCAGGCCGGGUUAGGUGCCCGAGCCAAAGCACCCCCAUCCCUGCCACACAGUGCAUCCUUACGUAGUACCGGCAGCAUGUCAGUGGCAUCUGCAGCCCUGGUGGCUGAACCUGUGCAGAAUGGGAGCCGGUCCCGGCAGCAGUCUUCUUCCUCCAGAGAGAGCCCUGUUCCCAAAGUGAGGGCAAUUCAGAGACAACAGACACAGCAGGUUCAGUCACCUGUGGACUCUGCCACCAUGUCUCCAGUAGAGAGGACAGCAGCAUGGGUUCUGAACAAUGGACAAUAUGAAGAAGAUGUUGAAGAAACUGAGCAAAAUCAAGAUGAAGCUAAGCAUGCUGAGAAGUAUGAACAAGAAAUUAGCAAACUGAAGGAGCGCCUAAGAGUGUCUAGCCGGCGACUGGAGGAAUAUGAACGCCGGUUGCUGGUGCAAGAGCAGCAGAUGCAGAAGUUGCUGCUGGAAUACAAGGCCAGGCUGGAGGACAGUGAGGAGCGGCUGCGCAGGCAACAGGAAGAGAAAGACAGCCAGAUGAAAAGCAUCAUCAGCAGGCUAAUGGCUGUGGAAGAGGAAUUGAAGAAGGACCACGCUGAGAUGCAGGCAGUUAUUGAUGCAAAGCAGAAAAUUAUUGAUGCACAGGAAAAACGGAUCGUGUCCCUGGAUUCAGCCAACACCAGACUGAUGAGUGCGCUGACCCAAGUGAAGGAGCGGUACAGCAUGCAGGUCCGCAAUGGCAUCUCCCCCACCAACCCCACCAAGCUUUCCAUCACGGAGAAUGGUGAAUUCAAAAACAGCAGCUGCUGAUGGGCUCUGUAAAUACAGACUGUGGAAGGAGACAGAAGGAAAUUUACCAGCUCUCCUGUCCCCAGCACUUUACCCAGCCCCUACAGGUUUACAGAAUGUUGCUACGUCAAAAUGGAAAUAUGGGGAGAAACUCUUAAAUGAAGAAAGGAACCUUGUCUUUCAGGGCAUAAUGCAAAGACUUCCAAGGUCAAUGCUUUCCCUCCAUGUCUCUAUGUACAUAGGGAACUUAGUUCUGGGCCAUGUACAGAAAAUACCACUGUAAUAUACAAAAAGGAAGUUAAUAAUGUAGAUUACCUUUUUAAUUAUUACUAUUUUUAUUAUUGUUUUCCUCUUGUUGAAAGCACUGCAGUUGUUAGAGGAGGAAAAGUAGGAACAUGUAUGUGUGAAAUAUGAGCCUAUGGGUUCAGUAGGUAGAGACCAAGUGUCUAUCUGAUAGAAGCACAUAGAGUGCAAUAGAACAUUGUCAGAAUGAGUUUUUUCAGGGAUUCAUCUGCCAGUUUAAAAACCCCACUCUAGUCCCUCAUCUUUUAGGAAAACAUGCAAAUACCAAGAUCCAUACAAAACAGUAAUUUAUGCCACUAAUCAACCAAGACUGGUUCUGUCAGGCAGUUAAUCAGAUUUGGGGAUUUGCUGUUUCUGAGGAUACAGAUAAAAGUAGUUGCAUCACAGCCGGACUUUAGGAGUGAUUUCUGUUGAACUCCUGUCAAUGUUUAUUUCCUCUGUCUAUAGCAGAUGGAAAUUUUCUGUUUUAGAUAAUGGGGCUUUUUAAUUUUUACUCCUGUUGUAAUAAAGGGUGUUCUUUUUCCUCUUUACAGUUUGUAAAACUAAAUAUUUGUGUCUCUGUAUGCCAUCUCCAUUUUCACAUGUCCACUGCCCUUUCCUCCCCAUGGUGGGAGCAGUCAUCAGUCAUCAACAGGAUUACUCUCCCCUGGAGAGGUCAUUCAAAUAUGCUGUGCUUAAGCCAUUCAAAAUAAACACCCUUUCUUCCACACAGAAAAGGGCUAACUACAA